CCAUAACGGCAGAACUUUGGUCCUCAUGAAGCCCAGAGAUUGUUAAACUAUGGUGAUGUCAAGAUUAUGCUUCUACUCUUCUUUCUUGCUUUUGUUACGGUUCGUUGCCGCUCAAAGCAGCAGCUAUGAACAAGGGACAGGGAUCAAUCCAACCACGGCUAUAGUCAUGAUCGUACUCGUCAGCGUUUUCUUCUCACUUGGAUGUGUCUCCGUCUACAUGAGAAGGUGUCUCGAGCAAGCCCUAGGGAUCGACGACGGAAGAUCCGGAGACCCGGGAAACUGGCUUAACGUUAGGCAGCAGACGCCGCGUGGACUCGACGCGUCUGUCAUAGAAACUUUUCCGACGUUUCGUUACUCCACCGUGAAGACGUUGAGAAUCGGCAAAGAAGCGUUGGAGUGUCCCGUUUGCCUCAACGAGUUCGAGGACGACGAAACGUUGCGUUUGCUUCCUCAAUGUUGCCACGUGUUCCAUCCUGGUUGCAUAGAUGCCUGGCUACGUUCUCACGCCACGUGUCCUCUCUGCCGCGCUAAUCUCGUUCCUGUACCGGGUGAGUCUGUUUCUUUCGAGAUCUCCGGUUUAGCUAGAGAAUCCGGUCAGAGCUCUCCUCUAACGUCGAUUGUUGAUGAUAACCGGAGAAUGGCUUUGGCUUCUCCGGACGAGCGGUUACUUGACUCAGUGGCUUGGACAGGUAACCAAAGCAUGCCACGUAAGUCCAUGUCUACAGGGUGGAAACUAGCUGGAUUGUUUAGCCGGUCAAGUUCUUACAGUCAGACCGAGGAGAAUCUAGACCGGUUCACGCUAAGAUUACCGCAGGAGAUACAUGAUCAGCUCGUGAACCAAGGGUCAAAAGGCCACAUUGCGCUGCCCCAAGUGAGGAGCUCGAUACGAGGGUACAGAACCGGAAGCCUAGGCAAUGAAAGAAACUAUUUCUACUUUGAACGGUUCGAUCAAGACGGUCGGUUCGACCGAAGACCGUUUUCUAUAACUCCCCCGUACCGGACCGGCUUGAUCAGGUCUCCGAGUGGGGUUAUCAACGGGGGAGAUGGUUAUCAGGAACGUGCUGGUACACCCAAAAGUUUGCUUCUAGCAAUAAGGUCACCGUUUGAUCGGUUAUUCGCUGGAAAAAACAAAGUAGGUGAACGUUCUUACCUUAGAUCCGGUGAUGCGAGUCCUGUGUAG